ACAAAUACUGAAAUAAAAUCAAAUAUAAAUAAAUAUUCUGGGCAAAGGGUCCUUCGUUGUUCUUCCUCCGCCUCAGCUACAAGCACAAGCAAGCAACGCAACUUUCAACUUUUCUUCUUUCUCCAAACCCAAUAGCGUUUCAGUUCAAAAUUUUCAAGUAUUGUUUUUUUAUCCUUUUAGGUUGGGUAGGAAUCAUGGAAGUGGAGAAGGAAAAUACCACAUCGACUAUUACUGAAGAACCUUCAAUACCUGCCUCUGAUGGUCAAGACCUUGUUUCUUCCGUUAAUACAUCUCUACCCCAUUCCAUACAACCUGUUAUUCCACCAGUUAUUGCACCUUCUGUUGUACCUCCUUUAGCUCCAAUUCCUGCAAUUCCUCCCCCUCGCCCGCUGGCACCGCUUCCGGUUCGGCCACCAGUCAUUAGGCCACCUGUGCCACAAAAUGGCGAGGUUGGAUCAAGUGAUUCUGAUUCAGACAAUGAUGACUCAAAUACGAGAAUUAACAAAGGGCCUGGGGAAUAUGAGAUAUCCGAAGAGAGUAGACUGGUUAGAGAGCGGCAGGAAAAGGCAAUGCAGGAACUCAUGAUGAAGAGGCGUGCUGCUGCUCUUGCUGUUCCUACAAAUGAUAUGGCUGUGCGAGCUCGGCUUCGCCAUCUUGGGGAGCCAAUAACUCUGUUUGGUGAGAGGGAGAUGGAGAGACGGGACAGGUUGCGAAUGAUUAUGGCGAAGCUGGAUGCAGAAGGUCAGCUGGAGAAGCUGAUGAAAGCUCAUGAGGAUGAAGAGGCUGCAGCUUCUGCUCCAAAAGACGAGGCCGAGGAAGAACUGCAGUAUCCUUUUUACACUGAAGGGUCAAAGGCUCUCCUGGAUGCCAGAAUUUAUAUUGCUAAAUAUUCUUUGGCAAGGGCAGCAUUACGGAUUCAACGUGCACAGAGAAGAAGGGAUGAUCCAGAUGAAGAUAUGGAUGCAGAGAUGGAUUGGGCAUUGAAGCAGGCUGGGAAUUUGAGUCUUGAAUUCAGUGAAAUUGGAGAUGAUCGGCCGCUUUCUGGUUGCUCCUUCUCGAGGGAUGGAAAAUGGCUUGCUACCUGUUCUUUGACCGGAGCUUCCAAGUUGUGGAGCAUGCCCAAAAUAAAAAAACAUUCCACCAUUAAGGGGCACACAGAGCGUGCUACUGAUGUUGCUUAUUCUCCUACUCACGAUCAUUUAGCAACUGCCUCUGCUGAUCGAACAGCAAAGUAUUGGAAUGAUCAAGGAUCUCUUUUGAAGACAUUUGAAGGUCAUCUAGACCGUCUUGCUCGCAUUGCCUUCCAUCCAUCAGGGAAGUACCUGGGCACUGCUAGCUUUGACAAGACAUGGAGAUUAUGGGACAUAGAAACAGGAGACGAGUUGCUUCUUCAAGAAGGCCAUAGUAGAAGUGUAUAUGGUUUGGCUUUUCACCGUGAUGGAUCAUUAGCUGCAUCUUGUGGACUAGACGCUCUGGCUCGUGUUUGGGACCUCCGAACUGGAAGAAGUAUACUUGCACUGGAAGGUCAUGUCAAGCCGGUUCUCGGCGUCAGUUUUUCACCUAACGGAUAUCAUCUAGCUACGGGUGGUGAAGACAACACUUGUCGGAUUUGGGAUUUGAGGAAGAAGAAAUCCUUUUAUACUAUUCCUGCUCACGCUAAUUUAAUAUCACAAGUUAAAUUUGAGCCACAAGAAGGUUACUUUUUAGUAACUGCCUCAUAUGACAUGACUGCUAAGGUUUGGUCAGGCCGUGACUUUAAGCCUGUGAAGACACUAUCUGGGCAUGAAGCAAAAGUUACUUCUGUGGAUGUUCUUGCAGAUGGCGGGUAUAUCGUUACUGCCUCCCAUGAUCGCACCAUAAAACUGUGGUCCAGCAAUACGACAAAUGAACAACAAGCUAUGGAUGUUGACUAGGUUAUUUUGAUGGGAUGCUAUUUCUGAAAGACUCGGUGGUGCAAAUUAGAUUCAUCAUUUUUGUUAGAAACAACAACGUAGCAUGACUCCGCUUGGAUUUUUAGCAAUUAUACAUUACAUUGAAAAGAUGUUUGCCGCUGAAUGCUUCACUAAUCUAGUCUGAACUAUUAACUUUCUCAGUUGAUGUAGAAUUAGUAAAUAUCACUUAAUUUUCAUGUAGCAUCCUGCUUUGCUGCUG